AUGUCCGCAAGAGAUCACUCCAAGCAUCCAGGCCUUCCACAUGAGCAAAAGCCGUCGAUACUCGCUACGGAGGGACUGCACGGCGCGGGAGCUGGCGUGGGACUUGGGGGAGGCAUUGGAGGCUAUGCUAGCAGUGAUGCCAACGUCACUGCCGAGCUGACCGCCAUCUACACAAACAUACAGAAGGUUCUGGAUAUCCGGCACAAGUACAUCAGGUUAUCGCUACAGGGCCCAACCGAUAACCCGAAGGACGAGCCCGGCUGGCGGAUAUACCCCGCUCCGCCGGAGUCAGCAUGGGAUCAAUACAAGUCACGCCUAGGUACGAACGGAAUGAACAGCAUGACGAACAGUGUGGUUCUGGAAAAAGACGGCCAGGACCAGAAAUCUCCGGAGACGCCAUUGAAGCCGCCGAGGAAGCCAGGUUAUGAUAUCGGCGAAGAUUUUAAUAUGGAUGAGCUACUACCGCUCCCUGGACCGGCAGAGAUGACGUACAGAAUGGACCAUCAAAGCGUCUUCCAAGUUUACGAAACUUCGCGGUCUGUAGAGCUGGAAGAACCGAUCGUGCACGUACCCGACAUUCGAGAGUUCUACAUAGACCUUGACACGAUACAGAACGUCUCUUCCGACGGACCAAGCAAAAGCUUCGCUUAUCGCCGCUUGCAGUAUCUAGAGGGGAAGUACAAUCUUUACUAUCUACUGAACGAAUAUCAGGAAAUUGCAGAUAGCAAGAGGGUGCCCCACAGAGACUUCUACAACGUCAGAAAGGUCGACACGCACGUCCAUCACUCCGCCUGCAUGAAUCAGAAGCAUUUACUCCGGUUCAUCAAGUCGAAGAUGAAGAAGUCUCCAGACGAGGUUGUUCUUUUCCGUGAUGGCAAACACCUUACGCUUAGGGAAGUGUUCGAGAGUAUCAACCUGACUGCGUACGAUCUUAGCAUCGAUACGCUUGAUAUGCAUGCUCACACGGAUUCUUUCCACCGCUUUGACAAGUUCAACUUGAAGUAUAACCCGGUCGGCGAGUCUCGCCUUCGAACCAUCUUCCUGAAGACUGACAACUAUAUACACGGUCGUUACCUAGCAGAAAUAACAAAAGAGGUCAUAACUGAUCUAGAGUCGAGUAAGCACCAGAUGGUCGAGUGGCGGAUUUCCAUCUACGGCCGGACAAUGGAUGAGUGGGAUAAGCUAGCGGCAUGGGUGGUUGACAACAAGCUGUUCUCACCCAAUGUUCGCUGGCUGGUCCAAGUGCCGCGCUUAUAUGAUGUAUACAAAUCGACUGGACUCAUGGACAACUUUGAGCAAGUGAUCCGAAAUAUCUUCGAGCCACUUUUCGAGGCCACCCGCGAUCCAUCCAGUCACCCCAAGCUCCAUAUCUUCCUCCAGCGAGUCAUUGGAUUCGACAGCGUUGAUGACGAAAGCAAGGUUGAACGACGGCUCUAUAGAAAAUUUCCGCUGCCGAAGGCCUGGGACACCAAGCAGAACCCACCAUACAGCUACUGGAUCUACUACCUCUUUGCCAACAUCGCCUCUCUCAACUUCUGGCGGAAACAGCGUGGGUUCAACACUUUCCUGCUACGGCCACACUGCGGCGAAGCGGGCGACACAGACCAUCUCGCGGCAGCGGUACUCUGUUGCCACAGUAUCAGCCAUGGCCUGCUGCUGAGAAAGGUGCCACUGCUUCAGUACGUCUUCUAUCUCGAGCAGAUCGGUGUUGCCAUGUCCCCGUUGAGCAACAACGCUCUUUUUCUUGCAUAUGAAAGAAACCCGUUCCUCGCAUACUUCAAGCGAGGGCUCAAUGUUUCGCUCUCCACAGACGACCCAUUGCAAUUCGCUUUCACAAAGGAGCCGCUCAUCGAGGAAUAUUCCGUUGCGGCACAGAUAUACAAGUUGAGCGCUGUCGACAUGUGCGAGCUAGCGAAGCACUCGGUCGUGCAGAGCGGCUUCGAACAUACGGUUAAGCAGCGGUGGCUCGGUCAGAAUUAUCAGCUGCCCGGUGUGGCAGGAAACGACAUGGCGAAGGUGAAUGUGCCGAACAUCAGAGAGGCUUUUCGGCAUGAAACCCUAAUCCAAGAGCUUGCCAUGAUCGAACGCUACACCACCCAAAGCCCAGUCGACAGUUUGUCCGCCAGCAACCUCCAAACGCCUCAUAGCGCGAACCAGCCCGCGCCCACCUCUCCAUCCAUCUCAAUGGUGACCAAUCCCUCCGCCACAAACCCAACUGCAGACGGUGUCUCGCACUUCCCGCACCUCCCGUCAUCGGCAAUCCCCACCGCCAACACCGCCCCCAUGUUCCCUGCCCAAGCCGCCCGGAUACAUCCGUCGGCUUCUACACACGAUCUUACAGGCAUGGCUGGCGCCGCUUCAGCAGGCAUCCCACAGCCCCCGACACGUGACCCGGCCCAGUUCGGCGGCGGUGGCCCACCAGCACGUUCAUCAUCAGUAGUCUUCUCCCCUCCGACAACAGACGGCGAGCCGCGCAUCUUCCCGGGCGUUGUGAGUAGGCGUCGCACGAGCAGCAUCCAGAGGCCGGGGAGCAGAGAGUAUUCGGAGAAGGAGGUCGAUGCUGCGGGAGCGUUUGGCGGGUGGUCGGGCGCGGGUGCGACACCCGGGGGUGCGUGGUCUGGUUUUAGGAAGGGUGGAGUUGGUGCAGGCGUGGAUGGGGAUGGUGCGGUUGCUGAGGAGGGGGAGGAGACGCCUUGA